UCAUUUAUAUAUACUCUAUACAUCUUUUUCCCUCGUACCAAACUUGGAUUCAAAAUAAUUUCUUUCCCCACGUAAAUCAUUCUUUCUUGCUCAUAAAGACAAACAGCAACCUAAAUAUAACCACAUUCUAGCCACCCUGUUCAUAGAUAGCUAUCUAGGCCAAGCUUUGCAGCAUAAGAAGUUGGUACACAAACAUAAAGUUUAGGUUUUGGGAGAGAUGAGAAAACGUAUGGAAAGAAUAGUUGUUCCUUGCUCUUUCAGCUGUGCUUCCCAUUCAAGUGUGGAGUUGGGUGUACCCAAAGGAUCAAAAGAAGAUUCAAAAGCCACUAUUGUUUCAAAAGGACAUGAUAGAUCAAUAGUCAGAGCCAAUAUCAAGAGAGGCAAGCCUUCUGGAUUUCUGUCUCUACCAAAGCCUAAUGUAGCUGCUGGCAUAUACAGAAUAAUCAAGACCAUCAAGAAUUUUCCUCAAUUAUUUUUUUACAGAGAGAAGGAGGAGGAAAUGGCAUCUGAUAUGGAAAUUGGGUUUCCAACAGAUGUGAAGCAUGUGACACAUAUUGGAAUUGAUGGGUCAAGCAUUACAAAUAAUGUAAGGGGUUGGGACAAUCUGAAGGCACCUGAAUUGUUGUCUCUGUCUCCAAUCUCAUUCAAGCAAUUUGAAUUGGCCAUGGCUACCCAAGCUCAAUGUUCUCUCAUUGAUGAUGCUAAUUCCUCAAAAAAAUGCUGUUAAAACAGUUCUGGGAACCCUUUCUAAUUGUAGAUUAAUGGUGAUGAUUGAUGACUAUGUACCUAGGAGUUUAUACACAACUGCACAGAUUGAAAAUUCAUGAAUGCUUGUUUGUUUUGUUCUGUUCUUGA